UCGAGUCAUGUGAGGGGCUCAAGCCCUCCUCCCUCCUAGCCAUGGGGAAUGGCAUGAACAAGGUGUUGCCGGGGCUGUACGUGGGCAACUAUAGGGACUCCAAAGAUGCACAACAAUUGGACAGAUUCAACAUCACCCACAUCGUCGCCAUCCACGACGCCGCACGAAAACUGCACUCGGACAAACACUACCUGUGUGUGAUGGCGGCGGACACCCCGGACCAGAACCUUACACAAUACUUUCCUCUAUGUAACGACUUUAUCCACGCGGCACGACUCCGUGGUGGCAACGUCCUUAUUCAUUGUUUGGCAGGCAUGUCUCGCAGCGUGACCGUGGCAGUAGCGUACAUCAUGAGCGUGACGUCUCUCAACUGGAAGGAAGCCCUCAAAGUUGUCCGGGUCGGGCGAUCUGUGGCAAAUCCAAAUUUCGGUUUUCAGAAACAGCUGCAAGAGUUUGAGAUAUACCGACUUUCUGAGGAGAGAAGAAGACUGAAGGAGAGGUUUCCUUCGCGGGCGCUCGCUGAGAGAGACGAGAAGGAGUGCAGGAUAUUGCUCAACUCUUAUCAAGGACUCUUGCUGAGUAAAGAUCUCUGUGAAGGAAAGUGUGCGUUCGGCGAGGUUUGUCCAACAGGCUUAUGUCGCUCUCCUAGCAAGAGAAUAUUGCGAAGGAAGUCUUCGACAACGCCGCCCCAGUCUCCUCGCAUGCUGCCACCCACGCCGACCGCCCACUCACGGUCGUCCAUGAGUCUGAACAACAUGAGCGGCCCCUCCACUGGGCGGAGACCCCGCAGCGGCCCGGGCGGGUUGUCUUCCUACGCGGCUAACUCAUCCGCUCCUUCGUCUCGCUCAGGGUCUCGUUACGACCUCACUGCAGUCGCUGGAUCAUCCUCACGGGAACGUGACCCGCCUAUCUCGUCUAGCGUCACUUCUGUCACGUCCAGACGUGACUUCGUACCUCAGAGCGCUCCUUCGAGUCCUCAGAACUUUCCUCGUCGCGCUCCCAUCGUCCCUCUACAUGAACUUGACUCAUGAACUAUGUCGGUACUCGCAUUUGUACACUUUGUUUUGACAAUCUGCUUAGGUUAGAUUGGUCGAUGCUGAAUUCUCUCUGUUGUUCAAAGUAGUAAAAUAGCUUAAACUAUUUAAAGUAGGUAUUCUAAUUCAAAGAAUCCUCUUUAGUUGAUUUGAAGACCAAGAAUUUACUAUCUUUUUUUACAUUUGAAAUCAGUUUUAAUAGAAAAACAGUGUAGUAACAUUUUUAGGUGAUUAAUUACAGUUGUGGAAUAGUACAAGUGAAAUCAGAUGAAUAUCAACAUUUUGUACUUACCAAACACAAAGGGACAUAAGACCAAAUUUGUGGGAAACCUAUUCUAAAUUUUAAUUUUACUGUUUUAUCAUAAAAUGACUCAGGCUCCAUUGCAAACACAUCCUAUUUUAAGUUUGAAAGCCAUCGGAACGAAAUUACUGAUAUAACUGAAAAUAACCUUUAAAUAAGUAAAAAGUCUGUUGUCUUUUUAUUCUAAAAAAAUUUAAAAGUAUUACAACCAUGCAUAGAAAAUAUAAUAGUAACAUAAUUCCAUUAUAAAAUGGCUUAUGACUGCUAGCAGAGAGUUCAGCAUCUUCCAUUAGGUUUUGUGAAUGCUACAAGUACAACUUUAUUAAGAUUUCUUGCAGUGAUAAUCCACAUUAGGUGAUUAAAACAUAUCUUGGAUUCAUUUUAAGAGUACAAGACAUUUUAGGUGAAUUAUAUUACAGUAGUGCUCAACAUAUUUAUAAGGUUAAAUAUGUUAAGAGUAAGGAGUGACGAAGAUUUUCGGAAUGUUAAAUUUAUGAAAAUUAAACUUGGUCACAUGUAUCCAAUUGAAGCAUUUACUAGUAAUUAUACUGAAAACACUGUGAGAUAAAAUAUUGUAUUAUGAAUUUACCUAUAGGAUUUGUUAGAAGUAGUUGCACAUAAAAUUGAAGUUGUUUUAGUUAUGUUUUUAUACAAUCAUAGUGUUGAAAAUUGAAUUUGAAAUAAUCGGAUAUCUAUUUUUAUAACAGUUUAAUAUGCAUUGGUCUAGGUAAC